CAAUCGUUACUUGCUGCAUGUUUGCCCAUGCAACCAAUAAUCUUCAAUAAACAUCGCACCUACGAGCAACAAAAACAUGGGAGGGAAAUUUAUCGUGCUGUUGGUCAUUUUUGCCGUGGCUGUUCAGAGGGCUUCAGCACUGAACUGUUACCAAUGUACAACCUUCAACACAACAGGACUUAACAUACCACUGGACCCGCAGUACACGAUGAAGGCAGACUGCGCCAACUCCCCUCCUCCAGAUACAUACAAAGGCAAAUCAUCCUGCCAGGACGCAACACUGUACAACGCAAAGUGCGUAAAAGCUGCAGGAAAUGUUAAGGGGAAAACCACAGCCGGAGUUGAUGUUGACAUCAAGGAUGGAACACUCAGAUCAUGCUACCAGAUUCCAAUCACGUACGAGAAUAAGUGUUACGAGGGUGCGGAUUCGGUCGCUUUAGUUCUGAUGAUGUUUCCUGACUUAAUUCCCGGUCAGAGUGAGAUCACUGUCAAACUGUGUAUGUGCGACGGCGAUAACUGCAACAGUGGCAGUGCGGUGCGCCCUCUAGCGGCACUCCUCGCAUUGGCAUUCGUCGCCAAGCUCCUCGUGAUGUAGUAACUUUGUCAUUGUAGGCGAAAUUAGAGGGCACUGGUUUUGUAUCUUUAUGGAACAGGCAAGAGUAAAUCUUUGUGUAUUCAUCGUAAAUAACAAAAAAAUACCAUCUGAAGACUUCCACAAUGCAUAAGGUCUAUCCAGGUUUUGGGUCCAGGGUGAUGGGGAAAAUAUAUAAGGGCCUAUGAAGUGCGGCAAUUUUUUUCCAAUGCAAUCUUAGAAAAUAAAACUUUGUGUCCCAUUUAAGCUUAUUUUGUCACUGUGAAUGUCCUUUUCACUUUAGGCGCCUUUUUGUUGUUAUGCUGAUACAAAUUUCCAUAUUCAUGAGCAAAUGUGUAAUGUCAUUCCAGGCAUGCAGAAACCCCAAUGUUUGCAAACAGCUAGAAUUUUGGAUAUUUUGGUAUCGUCAUUUAGGGGGGGGGGGGGUAAAUCGUUGUUGUGUAAGUACAUGGCAGAAAGCCAACGAUCAACCCUUUCUCAGAAAUGUUUUCAAUAAGCAAAUUUUGGGUUCACCAUUUCAACAGAAAAAAACCCAUAUUGGAAUUGUCUCUCUGAAAUGACAUCACAGCAACUGCACCCUUAGUUGUUCGGAAAAGCAUGGACAAUGUGAAAUGUUUAAAGAAAUGCAAUUUUAGAUACAAUUAACCAAACAGGGAUGUCAAAUAGUUUUCAUACAUUUCAAGAGGAGAAGAAAGUUGCACUAAAUGUGUUCCUCAAAAAAAUUUGUCGCAUCACUAAAACCUUUAAUUCAAGUAGUGACUUCAUUUAAUCCCGAGGGGAAAAAAUAAAAUGGCUGCCUUUUACGUAUUUAGUGCUUCAGAAUAAGGUACAUUUUUGCCCUAAAAAAGUAAAAUAUUGCCUAUUCUCGUGUUUCUCAACAGUCAGUGGCGUACCCAGGAUUUCGCUUGGGGGGCCUAAUAAUUUUGUGUAUAAGUUUGAUUUUUUUUCUUUUAAAUGUUGCCCAUUUUUUUGGCUGCAGACAAAUAAAAGUGGUGGAAGGGGACGGGAGCAUUUCGAUGUUUGUGGCGCCAUUUACAACCCUAUAAUACUACUCCAAAAUAGGUCACAUACAUAUCAAAGCGGUCAUAUCGUAAACUUUUUAACCCCCCCCCCAAAAAAAAAACGAACCCCUUGGGGGGUGACAAAAUAUAGAGACCAGACGUUUUAGAGUGAAAAUGUAAUAUUCAAUUAAUAGAUGGAGUUUUGACUGGACUGGAGUGCUUUUUUAGAGCAUUUUCACGCUUUGGGUGCCACUUACCAUCAACACAACACAACAGGCACAAUCGAAUUCAGCACCCUUGAAAUGACUAAGAACACCCAUCUUAGUGUUGCCACAAAAAAAGUCCAAACUGACUUCGUUUCCGAAAGAAGACAAGAUAGAAUUCCUAGCCCAUCGUAUGUAAACCAGCGAGUAAUGUCACUCUGCUGGUACACACAAAGAUUUACUUUUAAUGGGUCUGAAGAUUUCUGGAAAAUAUUUUAGGGAUGUUGAGAUUUAAUUCAGAGCGUAUUGACCUUUCUCUACCUUUCGUCAGUUAUUACUUGCACGAGAACGAAAUGACUCACAGAAUGUACCGAGCAACUGCGCAUGAACUAUGACGUUUUGUGUCGGGAAAAAAAGACACGUUUGAAAAAAAAAACCAAUAACAAAAAUGAACAAAUAACACCAAAAGACCAAUAUACGACUUCAGAUUUUGCUUUUACUGUAUUUUCGGGAAAUCAAUUUCGAAAGAGGUGCAAAGCCGAGUUUUGUGCUCAGUUGUCAUGACAGUAUGUUUUAAAGUCAUUUCGAUCUUGUCAAACAGCAUAUAACAACACUUAAUUAUGAUUCAUUUUUUUUUCUAAUGUAGUGUUUAUCAAUUCAACUAUUUUCCCUCAGUUAUUUUAUGUAUCGAUUUUGAAAAGUUACCGGUAUCAUGACAGAUUAAACAUACUUGUGUUUACGCUUAGAUAAUAUUAUCUACAGUGUUAAUAUUGAUGCAUGGCUGAAAACAAUCGAUUUGUGAAAACAUCUUAAAACUACAGGGAAAUAGAAAUAAAGAAUGAUUUGACAAGAAU